AUGGGUGUUGGGACCGCUCCGCAAGAGCUGGAGCUGACGACUGUCUACGGCCGCACGCCGCAGGCGUCUGCUUUCUGCUUUGCAUGUACGGAGCUCAGCGCAGCUGAGGAGCUCCCCCAGCAGGCGGAACGCACCAUCAACCGAUUCUACGAGGCCCUGAGAUGCGAGUUUCAGGAUGUUUCAGGCUUGGGACUAGCUGCCCCGGUCAGUUGCAGACCGGACGUUGUGCAUUUCGCCUACCCAACCAAUUAUGUGACAGACUUAAGCUGGGGGACAGCCCAGAGUACGAAGUACCUGCGCGAGCGGGAACGGUUGCAGCGUGUUGGCUGCCUGAAAAAGCCGUCGGCAAGGUGGAACAAGCAGGAGUUGUAUUUGAACUCGGAGCGUCUGGGCACUGCGAAAGAUGCCAGUCGGCAGCACUUGCUGCGGCACCCGCAGCUCUUUUCAGGCCACCAGCGCCUGCAGCAGGCAGAGCUGCUGGAGCUCCUGGCGAUGCAGCAUUUCCUCUGGAUCGACCUUGCAGACCUGGAUGCAGAUCCAGCAGCACGCUGUAGCGAGGAUCGGUUCACAGGCCCUGAAAACUCAGUCUGCGAGCAGCUGCUGCUCGAUGCCCCGCGCGAGCUUUUUGUCAUUGACGGGGUGGAGUACGACUUUGCCUCCACCGUUCGGGGCCAGUCGGACGUCAACGGAAACGAUUUGGAGCUGAUGAAGUCAGACUUCUGUGAUCGAGUCGUCUCAGCCAUUUCGCGCUGCUUGGGCGCGCAACGGAAGCAGCUAAUGCGAGCGGUGACUUCCGCACUUUCACAGUCGGGGCUGGCCCAUUUGGAGGCUGCCUCGGCCGCUCUUCAAGUGGCAGUAAGUGGUGGAGAGCAGGACGUGCGGUUCGAGCUCCGUAGCCUUUCAGCGGAUGGGCCCUGGGAGGUGGAACUUUAUGUCAGAAAGGCAAACUUCCACCAGUGCAUCGUUUACGAGUCCCCGUCCGGCUCUAUGCCCGAAGCAGCCGAAGCCGCGGAGUCCAGCCCUCGCACUUGCAGCCCAUCCUCCUUCUUCACCAAAUCUUGCCGCAUCCGCUACUCUGAAACGGGCGCCGACACGGUGAUGCUCGAUGUUCUCAGCUUGCAUCACGAGCAUCAUCUCAUCGAUGCAGCCGGGCAGCCUUUGCUCAGCUCUGGCUUCCCUGAUGAUGAUGCUAGCAAGGGCGGGGAUGCUGACGAUAUGAGUCUGGUACGUUUGCCGGUGCUGCUAGAAAGUGGGGUGCAUUCGACACGGGGCUUUGCCAUUUGGGGUGCGGCGCCGAAUGCUCAUCCGGUUGUCCUUGCCGGUGCCUUCCUCCACUGGUUCUACGCCGCUUCAUCGCCCGGGCGUGUGGAGGAGUUCCAAAAGCAACGCCCUCCGGCAUCCAUUCUGUUGCGGGUUUGGAGUGCAAAGGCCCCAAGCCUAGUGAUUGCCAGAGUCUGCAUGGCUGGCGCCAAAAGGGCGCGAGAAAGUCCUGCGGCACCGGCUAGGUAUGCAGCCGUGGAGAGCUACAGUGAGGAGGACGACGUCGAAGCCGAAGCUGCGGAAGGCGAUGCUGAUGGCAUGGAUGACGAAGAUGAGCAGGAGGAUGACGAUGACGAGGAAUCGUCCAGUUCCCCUGAACAAGUACCCUCUCCGCGCUCCAGAAGAAAGGACAAAAAGGAGGAGGAGGAGCGUCGCCGUCGACAGGACGCAGCUGCCGCAGCUGCCGCCAAAGCUGCAGAAUCCAAGAAGGCUCAGAAGGAGAAGUUGUCAAAGCCUGCCACUGCACAGUCAGAGAAGAGCGAGUCGCUUCGAAAGCCAGAGGAGAAGUCGCGGGAUCGCGAUGGCCGUGAAAGGGCCAGGCGAAGCCAGGCCUCCCAUGCGGAGGAGAGGAUGAAGGAGAAGCAGAGGGAGGCCAGGGACAAGGAGAAGAUGCAGGAGAAGGAGCAUGAGAAGGCUCAACAGAAAAAGAAAAAGAAGGGCAGAGAACCGGCGGCCAAUAAUGAGGGCUCCCGGAGAGAUGCUUCAGCGGGAAUGGAGCGAUCGCGCGAAAAGGCGCCUUCCACCGCAAAGGAUGAAGCUCAGAAGGAGAGUAGGCGAAAAGAGAAGGCAAGCAGAGAUGAUAAGAGUCGACGAAAGGAGGAGAAGGAGGCAGCAGAUCGCGAGGAGAGCAGGAAGCAAGAGGAGGCAAGGGCUGCGAAGCAGAAGGAGAAAGAGCGUGAGGCGAAAAAGCGCGAGGAGGAAGAACGCCGCGAAAGAGCUCGCAAGGAAGAGGAGGAGCGAAGAAGAGAACAGGAAAAGGAGGAGGAAAGAAGGCGGGAAAAGGAACGUGAAGAAGAGAGGAGACGCGAGAAGGAACGUGAGGAAGAGAAGCAGCGCGAGAAGCAGCGAUUGGAGGAAGAGCUGCGCCGGGAGCGCGAGCGACGAGAGCGGGAGGAAGAGAAACGACGGGAAAAGGAACGGGCCGAGCGUGAAGAACGAGAGGAGAGGGAAAGAAGGAGAGAACAAGAAAGGGAAGAGGAAAGGAGACGAGAAAAGGAGAGGCAGGAGCGGGAGGACAAGCGCCGGGACGAGGAGCGGCGAGAGAAGGAGCGCGAACAGAAGAGACGAGAAAAGGAGAGGGAGGAGGAGAGGAGACGUGAGAAGGACCGAGAGGAGGAGAGGAGACGUGAAAAGGAUCGCGAGGAGGAGCGAAGACGAGAGAAGGACCGCGAUGACGACAGGCGUCGAGACCGCGAGGACGAACGGAGACGUGACGCGGGUCGUGAUGACAGACGCCGAGACAAGGACAGGGAGGAUGAUCGCCGACGAGACAAGGACCGAGACAACGAGCAUCGCCGGGACAGAGAUCGUCACGAAGAAAGAGAUAGGCAUGAAAAGGAUCGCGACAAAGAUCGUGACAAGGACAAGUAUCGCGAAAAGGACAGAGGCCGCGAAAGGGAGCGAUCACGCGACCGUGACGACAGAGAGCGAGAACGGGACCGUGACCGCGAAAAGGACACUGGCCGCGACAGGGACCGCUCCAAGCCAAGAGAAAGGGAACGCUCCAAGCAGCGAGAUCGAUCGAGGCCAAGAGACAGGGAAAGAGACAGGGAUGAUCGCGACAGAACUCGACAUGACAAUGAAAGAGACACGAGAAACAAAGACAGAGCAAAAGAAAGGGAACGAGAACGUGAAAGAGACAAAGAUCGGGCCAGGGAAAGGGAGAGAGAAAGAGAUCGCGACAGGGAUGCAGAUGAUCGCAGAAAAAAGGACGGCCAGCGACACGAGAACGGCAGCAAGAAGGCGCGCUCUGUGACCCCGCUCCCCGGGAGGACUCAGCCGCCGCCUGCUUCGGAUGCUGAUGGUGCGGCGUUUCCGCCGCCACUGCCCACUUCAGAUCGCAAAGGUGCGGCCGGGUUGACCGUGUGGCUCCAUGAUCUUGCAAAGGGGGCGACGGUUUUUAUUCUUCCUGCUGCUCACGAUGAUAUUCACUCCUUUUCCAGGGGCUAA